AUGGCCAUCAAAGUCCUCCCCUUGACCGAAGCCGACAUCCCAGGCGCAAUCCAGGUGAUCCAGCGCGCUUUCGCCAACGAUCCAUAUUUCAAGUGGGUAUUCGACGAAUCCACCUUCAACAAGCAAAGAAACCACCACUCCCUCUCCGCGCGCUGUCAAUGGGGCAUAAAUAAUGCAAUUUUCCAAGUUGCCAAAGAAAUUACAUCCACUGAAGACUUUACCCCAUCCCCCGUCCUCGGCGUCUCCUGCUGGUUAGCACCACACCCGCCCGCACAACCAGAGAGCUGGUACUCCUGGUAUCAAGGCUGGAUACUAUCAGCCAACCAGCUUCUCAAUAACAUACGGUUCCUUGGUCGUGGGGGUUUGCGCACGAACAGGUACUGGAUCUGGAAGGAGCAGCAGCAGAAAGCGCACGAUGAGAUAUGGGAUGAUCCGCGAGGGUAUUAUUUUUGUAACAUCGUUGCUGUGAGUCCCGAGGCGCAGGGAAGGGGCGUGGGGAGAUUGUUAUUUGAGGCUGUUACAAAGAGGGCGGAUGAGGAGGGAGUCAAGUGUUAUCUGGAGAGUUCGAAGAGUGUGCCUAAUGUGCAGAUUUAUGAGAGGAUGGGGUUUGAGAUGAGUAGAACUAUGGAGUGUCGUGAUGGAGGGGAUGUCUGCAUGUUGUACUGCAUGACCCGCAACCCGAAAAUGAAGUAA